UGGGGUUCCAGACCAAAAGUCCAUUGCAAAGUUUAACUACCGGAAAGCAUCUCUCACUUUCAGGAGAUUGGUGAUUGUGGCAAAGUUUCAUUUAUAGGUGCCACAGGUUUGGCACAGGUUCUGGGGAUUACUUGUCACCAUGGUUACAGGGCAGUCAGUUUUUACCUAGGAGUGUGGGCACAUCACAGUUUACGCUCCGUCUCCAUCUCUUGGUCCUUCCUCCACCUCAGCUGUGGGAACGAUCCUCCAGGGUUGUCCAGAUCUUGGCCACUGUCUCAGCCUUGCUUGGAAAAAACACACUUGCAUUUUGCCAUCCACAGAGAUCCAGUCUGCAGUUUGUCAUCCAGCCUGGCUCCUCUGCAUUUUUGUCUUUGAAUCACUUUUGUGCUACCCAUUGCAUCAGAGACUGCCUAAAAGCUUUUGACUCUCUGGACAACACAUGCAGCGUAAUAGAAGAUAAGCUACAGUGACUGGCAUAUUUUAAGAAGGAUCCACAGGGAUCUCCAGAAUCACCACCCAUGAUUUCUGAGACACGGCCAUUUAUCUGAGAGAGAGAGAGAGGCUGCCUACUUCUUUGGCUGAGACACAGAUUAACCUCAUCCGGCCAUAAAUCCAGGGGGCAGAGUGUUAGGAAUGGCACAGGCUACACCUGAUUAGCCAAAAUAAAAUACAACAGUAUUCCACCAUCCAUAAUUACUUGAGGUAAACAUUUUGGUUGUACCCCAGAGGCUGGGCUGUGUUACUGACUAUGUCAGCCAGUGUUAAGAAAAGUGAACAUCUUGAUGGUCCAACUUACAACCCUCAGCAGCCUGUUCCACCUGUCAGUAGCUACAGCCCCAAGAAGAGCUCUACUCCUUGAGACUCUGUGUGAGAAGACAGUCCACUCGAGGGGUUGGGAGUCAUCCACCUGGAUGGUGUAUUUGUCACGCAGAACAAUUAGCCUUAGUCCCAUCUGGCAUGGAAGAGUCUGGUUUCCACAUAAGGACAAGCCACAAGCAGUACUGCCGCUCAUUCCCAUUAUAGAUGAUUUCCAUCAGCAGUUUGGAAGAGAAACAUGAAAGUGCUGAGUGCUAAGAUCUCCUCAGAGAAACACCAGUGGACAGAUGUGGACAGAUGUGGACAGCUGUCCUUCUGAUAUGGAAUAUCAGUUCUUCCAAUCACCUUUCUACUCAUACAGCCCACCAAAACCUGGCUUCAAAGAUCCUCUGCUUCUGCUGCAGGGACUGCGAGGAACCCCAAGUCACUGAAGACCCAAAGGUUCCCAAUCAAACACAAGAGAACCAGCCACUGAACAACAGUUUGCAGCUUCAGAAGGAAGAGCUCAACAGAAAAAAUUCCAAGCACGCUAGCACAAGAUGCCUGAUGCACCCAGCGAAGAACACUUCCUCCAGCAGCAGUGAGCUUCAGGAUCUCAACGCAGAAGCUUCCCGAGGAGGAUUUUACAAGAGAAACUUAAACCACUACUACCAGGAGCACUGGCCCUUCCAGCCCUGCCUCAUCGGGAGGCCCUGAGCAUUCUAGUCAGUGGGCUCCCAUGCAGGUCUCUGGCUGCACAGCUGCCGAGGGUCUCCAAGAGGAAGAGGGCAGUGGACAGGGGUCAUGAAGACUGAUUCAAAAACUCCCGACGGGAGGAGAAGAUGUUGGAGCCAUUACUGUGUCACCUUCUGGCCUGACCUCAGCUUCUGACACAGCCAGGGCAGAAGAAGCUGCCUCUGAUUAAAGUUCUUGGCCACCUUA